GUACACUACCACCACGCCGCUCACUGCUCACUGCGAGUAUAGACACAUCUCAAACGCUUGACUGAUGGAGCUGGCUGGCUGACUGAGUGACUGCAUGUUCCGCCCAUUCCAUCCGUUCACUCGCCGCAAGUGCACCACUGUCCUUGCCACUCCAUUCAAGUCUCGUGUACGCUGGCCCAUACGCCCAUACGCACACACACUUUCUCGACCUUGAUGUUAAACUAGCCUCACACUCACCAUCGAUCACUUCACAGUCGCCAUCAUACCCUCCACCUUGCCCUCGUUUCGGUCUCCCUGGUCAGCCUCCCAUCACGUCCCUCUACCUUCUCGUCUUGGGUUGUCGUGAACGUAGUCUCAACACUGCCUUGAGACAAAUCAAUCAUCCUUGAAUACACAGGGCACCUGGCUGGACGCCAUAACGAUCGGAGGCGCAACUCCGCCGCUCGAACUUCCUCUUAUCUCAAACCCGAACCAGAAGAUUUGCCCCCCUCCUCUCCAUGCCUGCCUUUCGACUGCAGCGAGGUUGCAGACACCGAAGUUGGACGAUCGAGUGUCUGCUUCCGCAACAAUGAAGUCGUCGAAAUCCCCGCGCGUUGGAAUGCCCCCCCGUGGCCGCUCUUCACGAAGCAAUGAUGGUCAUGGGUCGGCGACACGGUCGGAAGAGGAAGCCACGGGCGAGAGGAGAAGUGGCGUGGACGCGUCUUCCAUUGCUCCUACCUUGGUUCACCAUCAAGUGACGAGUGUCUUGACGCGCGAGAGUUCGUCUGGGAUUGAGGCAAUGCGACGAAGAAUGAGUGCCGCGCUGGCCCGAAAACAACAAAUGCGCACGGCUGCCGCCGCCACUGCUUCCAGCGGUUCGUCUGAUACAACGAGACAAGACGACUCAUCCGAGCCCUCAGCUUCACUGCAGCAUACAGAGUCGAGUUCAGAUGAAUCAGUCAACACCGCAGCCCUCUCGACCGAUUCCGCCCGUACUAUACGGGCCACGUUUGACAUGACCCCCGGGGCUGUUAGGACACCGUCAUAUCCGUUCCCGCGUAUGGCUUUGCGACUCAAUCGUAACACCAGCCACCGCUCAGGUCCUUCCCACAGACCCUUCACUCUCUUGUCUCCGACGAAUGAACCACCCUUGAGCUCAGACCCUGCGCAGCCUCCUCUUCCCCAACGACAAGCAUCCUCUUCGGACCUGAGUACACCAAUUGGCCAGACACCGCUGAGUCCAGGUUAUCCGGAAGAUCCCAAUUUCCCAGCACCCGACUUAUAUGAUAUCAUCUUGAUGCUCAAUGCAGAGCCAGGGUUGGAUAUGUGGUGGGUCAAUGUCACCGAGGUUCUGUCCGAGGUUUAUGGCGCCGAACGCGCAUCCCUGGCGGUUCCUGGAGAUAUCACUGAUCUCGAGAACGUACCGUGGGGCCAGAAGGCAACGUACAACGUCAAUGGCAGCGAGGGGGUGCCGCCUUCACAGUUUGAAUCCCUGGCAACCUCCGAAGCUGACAUAACCUCGCAAGGCCGACGGCCAGAACCUCCCAGUAGAAUUCCUAGUGAGCUAAGUUCAGCUCUGCCGCGCCGGCCGCCUCUACUGUCCCGACAUUCUAUCGCAGGCCCGACUCCUGAUCCAUCUGCGAGGGGUACUCGCCAGCGGCCUGCAGGGCCUGUGCGCGCCCACAGCAUGUUGCCCAAGGAGCCAGCAGAGGAAGUCCCGACAGUGUCACCGCUCUUGCCCAGGUUGACCAGACAGGCAGCGACACCUCGAUCGUCUUCCAUGGCAGAGUUGGAUCCAUUGGUGCCCAAAGGGCAAUAUAAUUCAUCUGGUUCCGGUUCCUCAACACUGAGAUGUCAUGUUCAUCGUUCGAUCCAGCCACUAGAGGCCGAAACCGACCCUUUACUUAUCCGUACAGGGGUUGCAACAUUGUUUGGGAAAAGGAAACCUAUUGUAUUGACGAGGGCGUACACAGAGACUGCACCGAGACAGUCACCCAAAGUCAAAGGAAGAGAGGAUGAUCAAAGCGCCCCUCCGACACCCUCACGAGGAGGUCUAGACGAUCGGAAACUUGCAAGACCAGAAGACACUUUGACGUUGCAAAGCGUUUUUCGCGCAUUUGAUGAAUAUGAACAACCAGAACCGUCACCCUGGUCGCAGAGUCCCUCCCCAUCCCCUGCGGCACGUCCUGACCCGGCCGAAUCGCCUUUUUUCACUCAGCCAACGGCAUCCAUUGACGAGACUGCAUUCGAACAAAAUCCCCCGGUGUAUGAUUACGCGACCACAGCCAACCAGCCAUUGAGUGCGAUAGGAGCAGACAUGUCCAAGACACUGAUUCACGUGCCACUGAUACAGCCGAUUUUGGCUAGGGGAACUCUAGCGUCUAACCUCCGUUUUCCGAUAGCCAUCCUAUCCUUUCUGUCGCCACUGAAUCCGUAUCCACGUAGUCUGCGGCAUUCCUUGGAAGCCCUUCUACCACACCUGGCAAGCUCAUAUUCGCUUUCCCAGCAGUAUAGCGCUCUCCAGGAUCGUUUGCGUGGCACUCCAGGAAGCCGACAUGAAGCUGCAUUUGGUCUCGGGGGUACAUUCUCUGACGAAGGCUCUGAACUCGAGCUUGUGGCCGAGCUCAGCGGACAAAUCGCGCAAGAUAAAGAGAAUGCUAAAACAUGGACAUACCAAGAAAGCCUCAGUCCAGGUGUUCUUAGGGAGAGUCCGGGCAGCUCUGUCGUGAGCACGCCGCUCAUGGAGCAGUUUGGGUUGAGUUCAGGACAGCCGCCGACUCCGGGAGGCAAGACGGGCUCUGAAAUGGUGGACAGCUACUUCUCUGCAAGGAGACAGAGAGCCGGUCAACACCCGCUAACUCCUGGCCCACGAUCGACCAAGGAUGAGACCGAGCAGGCCAAGCAUUCAGCUGAGAAAUCGUCUGCAGGUUCAAAGAUGGCCGGGAAGAGAAAUACAGGUAGUGCCACAAAGACACAACCUGACCCUCCUAGUCCGAUGGCACUUCGGACGGCGAGCAUCACAUCUGAAAGUGAUGCCGGAGAUCAUCCUUUUCCCCUGUACGAUAGGGCUGACCCUUCAACUCGGCGAAGCACAGCUCGGCGUGUUAGCGAGCACAAGGAUGAUGGAGAGAGACCUUUGCCCGAGCUUAUAUCGUCUCUGAUGCUUAAUGCUGUGCCCCUUCAGCUUUUCCUGGCAAAGCCCAAUACGGGAGACUUGGUUUGGACUAACCGCAAAUUUGACGCGUUCCGGAGUCAAGGGGAAGGUCGCGUGCGAGAUCCCUGGAAGAACGUCCACCCAGCAGACAGAAACGGGCUGGUCAAGCUAUGGAAUGAAGCUUUAAGAACAGGAAGUCAGUUCACCCACUACAUCCGCGUCAAGAGAUUCAACAGCGACAGCGAUUUCCGCUGGUUUGUAUUUCGAGCCAGCACUUUGUUGAGUAACAAUGGCCGGCUCUUGUACUGGAUUGGUUCAUUCCUCGACGUGCAUGAACAAUACAUGAAGAACCUCGAGGCGAGCGAAAAGGAGGCAAUCAUGGCCCGUGACACCAAGAUCCGUGCACUUGCAGAUGCCAUUCCACAGAUCCUUUUUGAGGCUAUCGAAGGAGAUGGCAUUGUGGCUGUCAACCAACAAUGGCAUUCAUAUUCGGGCCAGACACUGGAGGAUGCUCGAGGGUUGGGGUUUGCGAAACAUGUCCAUCGUGAUGAUCUGCAUAAAUGCGGUAUUUUGGCACCGUCAGACGUUGCCGCGAUUGCUCGGUCUUCGGCUACAAGCCCCUCUUCGUCCAGCGAUUCGAACAAAACAGUUGGCGCGACCGCACCGCCGCUUCCUGCCCAGAAAAAUCUUUUCUCGCCUGAUCUGAGCUCGCUGGACCGGAUGAUUAAGUCGGGCUCGGUGGUCGUGGAGAAGGACGAGAAUGGCCGUUUGUCCUACCUGACCGAGAUCCGGUUGAAGUCGAGAGGCGGUGGGUAUCGCUGGUUUCUUGUACGCCUUGUUCGAGUUGAUACUGGCCUAUGGCAAAGUCAGAGCGGAAAGGCAUCUUGGUACGGAACAUGCACCGAUAUCGAGACACGGAAAGCCCUGGAACGAGAAUUGAAUCAAGCCAAUGAGAAGGUUCACUCCGAGAUGGAGUCCAAGACCAAAUUCUUUGCUAACAUGUCUCACGAAAUUCGAACUCCUCUCAAUGGCAUUUUGGGUAGUAUGCCUUGGCUCGUCGAGUCGGAGCUAGAUCACGAUCAACGGCGGACGGUGGACACCAUCCAAAACAGCGCCAACAACCUGAGGGAACUCGUCGACAAUAUUUUGGAUGUGACCAAGGUCGAAGCUGGGAAGAUGACGCUACUUCCAAAGUGGUUUCACGUUCGGGCGCUCUGCGAAGAGGUGGUAGAUACAGUGUCAUCUAGAGCCAUUGAGCGUGGACUCGAACUCAAUUAUUCGCUGGAGGCCAACGUCCCAUCGAUGGUCAAGGGAGAUGCCUUCAGAGUGCGCCAGGUUCUGCUCAAUCUCCUCGGGAAUUCCGUCAAAUUUACCGAACAGGGCGAGGUGUACAUGCGAUGUUCCUACCGCGAAGCCGAGCCUGCCAGCUCAACGGCACAGGCUGAUCAUUCGGGUCUACUAUCAUUUGAUGUGGUCGAUACCGGGCGUGGUUUCAAUGAAGACGACUUCAAGCGGCUUUUCAAGCAGUUUGGUCAGAUUGGAGGUGGUAGCAGUCACGAGGCCGGCUCUGGAUUGGGGCUUUUCCUUUCCAAGCAGCUGGUGGAGAUGCAUGGAGGCGAGCUUUCUGUCACAAGUAAAGCAGGCGAAGGCUCGACAUUCAGCUUUUACAUCAAAGUCGAGGUGGCUCCCCCCGGGUCUGAAGUUACCUCGCCCCCAAUCGCUGCAAGAGCUGGACAACAGAGGGUGUCACCUUUGUUGGGAGGGAGUCCUCGAUCACGGUCCGACAACAAGACGCCCACAAUAUCGUCGGCCAAGGGUCUUUUGCACAACGAGGGGAUCAUUCAGACGCCAGGGUUAUCCAGAUAUGUUAGCUCCCCUCCGCAACAGGCCCCCGCUCUGCCAUCGCCGGCAGUGUCAUCACCAACGAUGGUUUCACCGCCGGUCCUUUUGUCCGAUAGCUCUGGAAUGUCAAUGCGAUCAAACUCUGGCAAUAUCGCGUCCGAGUCAUCGGCGACUUCGAUCGUGCAAACCCCUGAAUCCGCGCCUCCUCCUGAGUCUGCAGCGCCACCGAGUGAACGACAAGUCCUGACGGAGAAAGCCAUUGCAUCUCACCCAAUCUUCAAGCGCAGCAAGAGCGAUAGCGAGGGAAGUAGGUUGGCGCCAGAAAAGGCGCAUCCUCAGACAUAUUCGGUCAUCAUUAUUUGCCCUGCUGAGCAUGCGCGAACGGCGAUCAAGCAGCAUAUUGAGCACGUGGUUCCUUACUCGAUCGCCGCUAAUGUCACGACCAUCCCGGAUAUCGGUUCGUUCCUGGACCUCUUGAACGGGCCAUCACCGCCCACCUUCACGCACAUCGUGUUGGACAUCCCUGCGACGUCGGACAUCAUGCUGUUCAUGCGCCAGAUGGCGAAAUACACAGGCCCGGUGAUACCAGCGCUCGUGGUGAUUACCGACCACUAUCAGAAGCGGGAUAUUCUGGAUGACUUUACUGCCCUCACGGCCAGCGGGCGCAAGGCCUACAUGAUUCACAAACCGGUCAAGCCGUCGGUAUUUGCGAUGAUUUUUGAUCCCGCACAACUGCGCAAUUUGAGCAAGGAUCGGGCACGCGAGGUGGCGCAGUCGAGCUCUGACGACUUCCGAAAUAUUGCCAACCUGGUCAAGGAGAAGAUAGGGGGGAAAGAGCACCGAGUGUUGUUGGUCGAGGACAGCGAUGUGAACCGGAUGGUGAUCCAACGGUACCUCAAGAAAGUUGAGCUGAUCAACGACUGUGCCAAAAACGGGCAGCAAUGCGUGGAUAUGGUGCAGGGCCAACCACCGGGGUACUAUUCGCUCAUCAUCUGUGACAUCCAGAUGCCGGUCAAAAAUGGGUAUGAGGCGUGUACGGAAAUCCGGGAGUGGGAAAGGAGUCACGGGUACCGGCCGUCGCCGAUCAUGGCACUGACAGCACAUGCGAUGCCCGAGGAGCGCGCAGCGGCAGCAAAUGCUGGAUUUACCGACUAUCUUACGAAACCGGUUGAUUUUAAUGUGCUGGGGACGAUGAUGAUGACGCUACUGGACCCAACCGUACCACACGUGUUCUUACGUGAUAGGCCUCUGGAGUCUUGAGUUUUGUCGAGGCGCAGGGAAAUGAUUCUCGGGUUAGGGAAAGCUCUGCGUCAGUGUGCGCUGUCCAUGGGCAAGGGGUCACUAGUUCCACGGCAUUGUCACUGCGUUGAGCGAGUCAUUGCGAAGCAUUUCUGGGGCUGGCGUUUUCCUGGUGGGAUGGCCGUUGGCAACUUCUUUGCAUCGCGUUGGGGGAACUUCUCAUGACGGACGACUCACGCUGUAUAAGGGUGAAGGGGGGCACUAGCCAUCUUUGUGUUUUUAAUCAAAAGGGAACAGGUGGGUAAUGGAGGGAGGAGUAAUAUAAAGGCUGGACCAACACCAGGGACGGAGGAGAAUGACACGAAUGUGCAUGGCAAUGGGGGUUCAGGGGGACCCAAUGUUGUUGUCAAUAUGCUCAGGGCCUAAGCUAGGGGGAGACGACCUCCUCAACGAGAACCACGACAUGCAUGAAUGGGCCUGGAGGCAAGUUAGUAUUAGCAUUUGGCGAGGAAAGCGUGCAUUUGGCGAGUUGGGCGGCGAGAUCAAGAAGGGGGAAAGGAGCUUCCCUCUGCGCCCCCGAUGGCCACUGGGCUAUGUGCCUGAGUAGGUAGAUGUAUUUAUCUACUUGUGCGGCACUAAUAAGCAUUCUGUAUCGAGUGGGUUGUAAUUUGA